CCCCGCUCGGCCACCAUGCUGAGCGUCGUGCACUUCCUCCGGAGCCUGUUCCAGACUCUACAGCCAGGUGCACACUUGCCAGGUGAAUGUAAGAGCGAAGACAGCCAGCUCCCCAUUUCCCCUGCAGAACCAGAGGACCAAGGAUGGAGCCAGGAAACAGACCACGAGGACUUUGAGACGCUCUCCCACCAGAGUGACAGCAGAUCGGACACAAAGUCUUACCCCUUUGAAAGUGCUUCCGACACAGAACCCCUGCCUGGUGACCUCCCUGCAGGUGGGGCCUCCCCAGAGAGAGAAGCAAAUUGGGUGUGCCCUCACGUCCCAGCAGCGAGACCUCUUCAGGAGAAGUCUUCAACACCAGUCCCUGAGACUGGCCCAAAGGAGGAACUAGAUUCGUCCUCUGGCUUAAAGGGAGAGACUUAUGGAAGAGAGUUUAUGGUCUCCGCUGCAGUCUCUGGAGAAGAGGAGGCAGAACACAUUGGGGACAGCGUGGCCAGCCUCGAGCAAGGGUCUUUGCUGGCCGGGGCUCCUCUGCAUGCCAGGGCCCACUUGCAGGGUGCCACGACCAGCCUUCCGCCAGCAAAGGCAGUGACUGCACAAGGCCCAGGGGUGUUCUCAGCAUUUUCUCAUCAGAAAUCCAAGCCUGAGAGCUGUCUGGGUGCCCCAGCCAUCUGUCCCUUCCUUUUCUGGUGCUGUGAACUGGGUCGGAGUUGGCCACAAAUCCACCCCAGAAUCAGGGGGCCAGGGCAGCUUCCUUGCAGAGACUCCCUGCACAGCACAGCCCCUCUGGGGUCCAGGACAGAAAAGGGGAAUACUCCAGAGGACACGGACUCACUCCUGUACCAGCCCUGCUUGGAUGCCCCCCGCCAGCCCUCUUGCCUCCUCCACACCAAGCUGUACCACAGUACCCAGGAAAAUGCUGGUGAUCAGGGCAGGGCACGCUUGGGGCAUCGCUGUGUGCACACAGGGACACUGACCAGGGCCCGUUCUAUUGCAUGUUUCCCUCUAGGAUAUCCCACGGAUCCUCCAAGGGAGAACUCUGGGAAGGUUGGGGCCCAUUUGAAGGAAGGGACAGAAGCAGAACGAGAUCCAAGAACUCAAAACACACUUUGCCUUCUUCCCACCCACCUGCCUCCUUUGCGUCCUGCUCCUCCCUGCAGGACUUCUUUGCAGGAUCGGUACAAACCCAGUGGCCUUAGUUUGAAAAGGGCCCCUCAGGACCCACCCUCUGAGGAUCUCCAGCAGGAAAACCAGUUGGGGCAGGAUUCAAGGACAUGCCCCGGCCCUUCGUGUGUUACUUCAGAGUUGGGGAACGUCAGCGCUGAUGCAGUGCUGGCGCCAGCCUCCUGCAAGUCCAAGCACAGCCCGGAACACAGACCGGAGCAGCCCAGAGGCGUCGGCCCUGCACCGCAGGCCUCCGAUGGGAGUGAUAAACAGAAGCAGCUUCAGGACAUUUCUGUUGAGGCAGGAAACCGAAUCAGAAAUCACACAUCAAAGCAUGCUCUCGGUGAGGAAAGAAAACUCUCUACCAGGGCCCGGUUCCCACGCCGUUCUAGCGGUGGCGGUACCGAGGUGUGGGACGGAGCCCUGAUGGGUUGUUCCGAAGGGAAGGAUAGUCCAGAUGCUCCAGAAACCACCGUGAAAUCAGAGCGAUUAGACACUUCAAAGGAAGCAGAAGACGCGAUGGUUCUAGACCCCAAUUGCAGGAACAAUGCGGGGCAGGGUGUUUCAGAAGGAGCAGCCGCCACGGUGUCUCACUGCGGCCGCGACGAUGGGGAGUGUGGCGUUGAACCGCGCGAUCGACGAGCCAGCCCGCAGGUGGAGCGCACAGCCGGUCGCGCCACUCCCGGGUGCAAGUCCCCUCUCAUCAUUAUAGCGGUGGAGCAGAAAGGUCUGCAGGCCACCAGAAGGAAGGUGGAGGCUCUUCCAGAAACACAGGCGAGUGAGAUUCUGGAGGAGAGCCCUGGAUCUCCUUAUAGUACUGGCUUCAGCAGUGUGUUUCCCGGGACUGGACAACCAAAACCUUUUGGCAAUGAGAGUGGGGGGCCAGCAUCCCCCAGCCUGGGAAUGGAAGAUCGAGCACUUCCUGAGCCGUCUGAAGCCGCAGAUCCUGGGAGAGUUCUGAUCCCGCAGGCUGUUUUUAAAGAGAGGACCGCCGACAAAGCUGGUUUCUUCUCCGGGAAGCCGUGUUCCCAGGAAUGUGCCUGGAGCGUGCGCCCCGCAGAGCAAUUGCCUGGGGAAAACAAGAGCUCAGGUGUCGGGGCAGUGGGUGAGAACCCUGCUCUGGAAGCAGCACCCGGGCCGGUAGUCUCGGCGUCUCUGCCAGGUCCCUGUGGUGAGAGCCAGCACGCGGAGGGAGCCCGGGACGACUGUCACGGAGCAGCACCGAGUCCCGAGGGCAGGAGCGAGGCGCAGGAAAGUCCGGACGCGGCUGCGGGGGCGCACUGCCUGCGCGCCCCCAGAGGAAAGCAGGACAGCGAUGAUGACCACGAGCGCAGCGGCAGGUCGCCUGGGGAGACCGCCGCCCCCGCCCCAGUGAAGGAGAUCCAAAGUCCAGCGCCCGGGAGGGCCCAGUUGCUGCGAUGCCCGCGCCGACUCGACAAGGCCACUCCAAAGCUCCCGGGGCUCCCCAAGGCGCCCUCCCGCAGGAGCAAUCAGCCCUCAGCAGCCGAGAACGCGGGCGAAGGCCCGGGAGGCCUGGGAGUGGUGGGCGCAGAGGAGCGCGCGGCCUGCCCGGGUGUGCCCAGCCCUGCAGCGCGGCCGCAGGCGAGGGGUGCAGCGGCUUCCUUGGAGGAGCCCGGCCCUGUCGCCCAGAACCUGCCCGGCGCGACCAGCGCGCCCGAGGAGUCCGGGAGCAGGACAUCCUCAGGAAACGCGGACUGGAGCGCGGCUCCUGGUCCAGUCCGUCCGGGCUCAGGAGGAGGAGCUGGGCGGGCAGAAGGCGGUGGAAAGAAGACGCCAGGUGACCUCCUCAGCAGAAGGCUUGCUUCCCAAAGCUGCAAGGGAGGGAAACGCAAAACUCCAGAGAAAACUUUCAGGGCUAGGUUGGCCUUAGCCCACAAGACGCUCUCCAAUUUUUUUGAGUCGAAAGUUUUAGAAAAAGAGAGCCCUGAGGAAUGUUCUCCAGGUUCUCUUAAGGGCGAGAAGGAGAAGAGCAGGCUGCGCCCGAGUUCCUGGCGGACAUUGCUGAAAAGCAAAGAUGCGGAAGGACCAAGGAGGAAUGCCUUGGCGAGUCUGGCUCGGGCACCGGAAGUCCAGGGUCCCCUCGGAUCGUCCCCAUCCAUGACCAACAGCCCUGAGGAGGAGGAGACUGCGGGCAGCCAGAGCUACGUUUUCAGAGCUCACUGGGCACCCCAGUAUUCCCCCUCUGCCACCUUGUCAUCCAUCAGUUUGGGGUCCCCAGAUAACAGAAGAAAAAGUGAGCCAGCCAUCAAAUGCACAGCCCCCAGGGAAGGAGGCCGGUGCCUACCUUCAGGAGACUUUCCUGAAAAGUCCGGGCAGACCUCGCCCUCCAGCCCUGGUGCCCAGCAGCUGGGGAUCAGCCGCGCCCUUCCCUCCAGCUCUGCCUGCUCCUUGGCAGCCGGCGGCCAAGGCGUGCCCUGCAGACCCAUGAGCCCCAAGCCCUGGAGCCCAAGGAAGCCUUGUGCUCUGUGCAGGGACCUCGGCUGCCCCGCCAAGGCCACCUUCAUCUCCAUGGUUUCUCUGGGGAUCUACAACAAUGUGGACAACAGUUCCAAGGCCCCUGAAAGGUCCAAAACCCGGACAAGCCUCCUCCUUUCUCUGCAGACCCUACACCAGGAGGACCCCAAGGAAGAGGGCGGGAAACGAGGCCCAUGUCAUGGCUGCCUGGAUGCAGGGUCCUGGGCCUGGGACCUCCCUGGAGGUGAGAUCCUCUCUGCUCCCCAGAACCACAGCCCACAGGAGGACCCACCAGACGAAAAGCCCAGCUGCACCCACAGUCAGAGAGCACCUCACACUGAGCAAGCUCAGAGCCCACUUUUCGCCACUGGGAGGGUGGUGUGGACCCUCCCCCUCAUCUUUGCUGAGGAUACCCCCAGGGGUGCUCCGUCAGAGCCCAGGACCAGUCUCCAGUACCCACACAUCAGUUUGGAUGACCUGUGGCUGGAGAAGAUGCAGAGAAUGCAGUUGGAGAAGCAGGCCCAGAUUGAAAUGAAAAUGCACAGAGGGACAGCACACAAGGAUGGAGUCAAAUGUUGGAGGAAGACGGCUUCUACCCCUCCAGAGUCUUUGACUCUCCCUAGAAGAAAUCCUCCAUUUUCCAAGAGUGCCCCGAUGGGACUGAACCACAUGGACUGGCCAGUGCACGUACCUGACCCUGUGAUGCCUGACGGAGUGCUGGACAAGGCGAUGCACGCGGACGAGGCGGGCAGCGAGGAGGACCUGUACGAGGAGAUGCACAGCUCCUGCCACCACUACAGUCACCCUGGAGGGGGUGGCGAGCAGCUGGCCAUCAACGAGCUGAUCGGUGAUGGCAGCGUGGUCUGGGCUGAGGCACUCUGGGACCAUGUCACCAUGGACGACCAAGAACUGGGGUUCAAAGCCGGGGAUGUCAUCGAAGUGAUGGAUGCCACCAACCGAGAGUGGUGGUGGGGCCGCGUGGCCGACGGCGAGGGCUGGUUCCCAGCCAGCUUUGUGCGGCUGCGGGUGAACCAGGACGAGCCAGGAGACGACGAGGCCCCGCGGGCCGGGGACUACGGGGGCGUGGGCGGCCUGGGCGAGGACGGCGGCCCCGGGCGCCCCGGCGCAGCGCCCAGCAGCAAGGAUCAAAUGCGCACCAACGUCAUCAACGAGAUCCUGAGCACCGAGCGCGACUACAUCAAGCAUCUGCGCGACAUCUGCGAGGGCUACAUCAGGCAGUGCCGCAAGCGCGCCGACAUGUUCAGCGAGGAGCAGCUGCGCACCAUCUUCGGGAACAUCGAGGAUAUCUACCGCUGCCAGAAAGCCUUCGUGAAGGCCCUGGAGCAGAAGUUCAACAGGGACUACCCGCACCUCAGCGAGCUGGGCGCCUGCUUCCUGGAGCACCAAGCGGACUUCCAGAUCUACUCCGAGUACUGCAACAACCACCCCAGUGCCUGCGUGGAGCUGUCACGGCUCGCCAAACUCAGCAAGUACGUGUACUUCUUCGAGGCCUGCCGGCUGCUGCAGAGGAUGAUUGACAUUUCCCUGGACGGCUUCCUGCUGACCCCAGUACAGAAAAUCUGCAAGUACCCCCUGCAGCUGGCCGAGCUGCUCAAGUACACCCACCCCCAGCACAGGGAUUUCAAGGACGUCGAAGCUGCCUUACACGCCAUGAAGAACGUGGCCCAGCUAAUCAACGAACGGAAGCGGAGGCUAGAGAACAUCGACAAAAUCGCUCAGUGGCAGAGCUCCAUAGAGGACUGGGAGGGGGAAGACCUCUUGGUCAGGAGCUCGGAACUCAUCCACUCCGGGGAGCUGACGCGGGUCACACAGCCACAGGCCAGGAGCCAGCAGAGAAUGUUUUUCCUCUUUGACCACCAGCUCAUCUACUGUAAGAAGGAUCUUCUCCGGCGGGACGUGCUCUACUACAAGGGCAGGGUGGACCUGGACGGCCUGGAAGUGGUGGACGUGGAGGAUGGAAAGGACAGAAGCCGCCAUGCCAGCCUGCGCAAUGCCUUCCGGCUGCAGGCCGGGGCCUCAGGGGAGAGCCUCCUGCUGUGCGCCAGGAAGCCCGAGCAGAAGCAGCGCUGGCUCAAGGCCUUCGCCAGCGAGAGGGAGCAGGUGCGGCUGGACCAGGAGACAGGCUUCUCCAUCACUGAGCUGCAGAGGAAGCAGGCCAUGCUGAAUGCCAGCAGGCAGCAAGCCGCAGGGAAGCCCAAAGCCAUCAGCCGGCCCUACUACCUGACCCGUCAGAAGCACCCAGCUCUGCCCACCAGCCUGCCGCAGCAGCAAGUCUUGGUGCUGGCAGAGCCCAAGCGGAAGCCAUCUACCUUCUGGCACAGCAUCAGCCGGCUGGCACCCUUCCGCAAGUGAGCCCAGACGCUCCCAAUGGCACUUUGGACCUGGCCCAGCCACAGGCUAGGACUUCUUGACGGCUCCUCCAGCUUUGCCUCCUGCACCUCUGCUUCCAGCACCCUCUGCCUAUUUAUUUUACCAACUGGAAGUGAGCAGGGCUGAAGCAAGGGGAUGCUUGGUGCCUCCAGGAGUGAGUCAGGUUCCUGGUUCCUGACUUUAGCUUCUUCCCACACUGGUGAACUGAAGAGGCCAUGCGGGUUCAGUCAGGGGAGCCCCAGCACAGCUCAGCUCUCAGCCCCUUCUGCCCGCAGACCUGGGAAGGGUGGCUCAGAUGCCAGCGCUCCACUCUCGCAGCCCAGAGCCCACACACCUGGGAAGGCUCAGGCCACUGUGGACAGUCUUUGGGAUUCUAAUCAACCCUCCUCCUCUUGCUUCCACUGGGCAGGACACAAGACUCGGGCCUUUAGCUCUGCCUGCAAAGCCAGGCUGCGAGCUCCUCGGCCCCUCCGCCUUUUGCAGACCCUAGCCUGGCCCCCAGCCCGUGGUGUCAGCACCUGCAACCCCUGGGCAUGGGAACCAGGACUCCUGUGUGGAAAGACCUGGCCCAGAGCCAUGCACUUUCCCUCCCAGCCCUUCUAGACACACCUGGCUGCUGGACUCCUCAUGUGUGAUGUGUUUAUUUAUAGUGGAAAGAAAACAAAGCCGCCAGUCAGCUCUGUGCUCCCAUCAGGGUCUGCCCCAGUACCGGGAGCUGCGGGUUGGCUCCAGACCCUGGUUCCCACAUUCCUUGUUGGAUUCUGUCUUGUCUUUCUAAUGAUGGAGGAAAAUGAGUAAUGUUGUUGGUGACAUAGAAAGAUUGCCUUACCCCAGUCAGCAUGAGAAGCCAUAAGGACUGGUUCUGCGGCCAGCACCCAGGACCAACCAGCCCAAGGCCUGGCGUGUGGGUGGAAGGACCCACAGCCGCUGAGGGGGAGGCCUACCCCGGCCCCUGGCCCUCGGGAAUUCAGCAGCACGUAGUCACUCUUGCACUGAACCUUCUCCAAGCCAGAAAUGACGUUUACUUUCAUAAAGAAACUUGGGCGUGACCUGGCUGCCUGCUGUUCUCUGCUCGUCUGUGUGUCAUCCCGGCUCACCCACAGAUGGGGUUUAGAGUCAGGGGGCUCUGGGGCUCUCGGGCUCUGGGGAAAACAAGCCAGGUGCCUGGGCCAUGGUGCUGAGAGGCACGUGGGGGUGGGAUGGGCUGCAGCAGCACAGAAGGGGAGUGUGGUCCGAGCGGGCUUGGCCAUGGGGCUAGGGUUAGCCUGGAAGGAUCCAGGGAUCCUGGAAUCAGGGGACAGCACCCCAGAGACUGUGUUUAGUUGAAGCUGGCAAAGGUGAGUUUGGGGGUAGAUGACACUUGAUCUUUCUGGGGAAGAUGCCUCAUCCCAGGACAACCUGGAACACACGAUGUGGGAGAAGAGGGGGGUGCGGCUGCUUCCCUUCCUCGCCCACCUCGGGAACCAGGCCAUUGAGGGCAAAAGGCCACUGUCCUGUUCCCAUGACCCCUGACAGUCUCCUAACUGCAGACCAGACACCACACCCCCAACCCCAAAACCCAAAUGCAAAAUCACGAGCACCACAUAUGCAACACAAGUCAAUCUUUAUUGAAAACUGCAGUAUUAAUACAUAACAAUUCUUGUUACAAUAAACGUGCUUUUAAGAAUUUUAAA